CGACAGCAUUUUGACGUGCGCGUGUCUUCAUUCCCGGAAGCGUGUCGUGCUCUGGCAUCGCCGCUCCCUCAUCGCGCCAUUGAAAGUCAGCGAAGCCCGCAGAAACCCACAAUUCAACGAUCCAACAUGGCGGAGCAGGAACCGACCCCUGAGCAGCUGGCGGCGUUGGCGGUGGAGAACGAGGAGACGGAGAGCGUCAACUACAAGCCUCCCGCCCAGAAGAGCCUGCAGGAGAUCCAGGAGCUGGACAAGGACGACGAGAGCCUGCGCAAGUACAAGGAGGCCCUGCUGGGAGCCGCCGCCAAGGAAGCAGACCCCAAUGCAAAGAUUAACGUUGUGGUGACGCGACUGACGCUCAUGUGUGAGACGGCACCUGCUCCCUUGACUCUCGACCUGCAGGGUGAUCUGGAUGUCAUUAAGAAGCAGGCGUUUAUUCUGAAGGAAGGUGUGGAGUACAGAAUAAAGAUCAGCUUCAAGGUGAAUAAGGAUGUCGUGUCGGAGUUAAAAGGAUAUCGCGGAUUCAGGCGUUCACCACCUACAGGAAAAGGAGUGAAAGUGAAUAAGUCAGGACUACAUGGUGGGCAGCCUUCUGGACCUGAGGCUGACGGUCUGAGUUCCUGA